AUGACAGCUUCACUAGUCACAUUGUCGCAUUUCUGUGCUCAUAUAAAGAAUUGUCUUAAUAUAAAUUUGGCCAAGACGGCAGUACCAUACACAAGAACUAAUUUACAAGCUGCAUUACAGUUAUAUAACCAAGGUUUCAUAUCAGGUAUACAAAGAGGUUCAACAACUGGACCAGAUUUAAUACCGACGGAUGCAACGCCAGAUAACAUUAGUACAAGAAGAUUAUGGAUAGAUUUAAAAUACAGAAAUAAUGCUCCAGUCAUAUCCAGCUUGGAAAUGGUCUCUAAACCAAGUAAAAAAAUUUACUUGAGUGCCGAUGACAUCAAAGCAUUAGCCUCAAGCUUGAAAGUUCGAAGAGUUGACCCAAUACAACCAGCCGAAUGCUUAUUUAUUGAACACAAGCAAGACAUUUACGAAGUCAAUGAAGCCGCUGAGAAGGGAUUAUCUGGUAGAGCCUUGUUCCGUGUGAGAUAA